AUGUUUUUGAUUUUGAUUCUACUACCACUAGCAUCAAGUGUCUCUGUUUUCACAAAGACGGUUCCCUCCAGACUAUUAGAUGGUGAUUUGUCAAAUUUACCAUUUGAAACAAAUUUAUUUGUAAACUUUUGCGGAUACAAUGAGAAUGGCGAACCAAAUUUAAGGUGGUUUUAUAAAAUGGAAGAUUCAAUAAUUGAUGAUGGACUACGUGUUCAGGUUGCCAACGACAAAUGCAAAUUUGAAAUUAUUGGUUCGGACGAUAUGCUAAUGCACUGUAACGGUAGACUUUUCCGUGUGCAGGGUAAAACGGUUACACGGUUUUAUGACUAUGCAGAACUCUUUGCAUUCGAUCAUGUUCAAAAACAAUUUUAUGUAUAUCUACACGGGAGCAUAUGUCAUGUUAGGCCUGGAAAUUCCACCAUCACAUUGAAAUCAAUUUCAAAUGUUCGCGAUUUUAACGUUGCCGACGGAGUUUUCACCGUACUACUUCAAAAUGGAACAAUAGAAUACAACAAUAAAGUGCUGGCACAGACUUCAAUCAUUGGCGCCACACAAUCUGGUAAAACUACACUAUUGAGAAAAAUUUUGGAAAAUUGUUCUGAGACGUUUGAAAAACCAAUUGACAAUAUAUUUUGGUUUUAUGGCUUAGAUACACCCAGUAUACCAAGACACUUGCACAACUUUCAUGCAAUCGAAGGAUUACCAGACGUUGAUCUUUUAAAGCAACACAAACAUCCGAAUAAUAUUCUAGUUUGCGACGAUUUGAUGAACUUUUUUGCACGAGAUAAAAAAUCCCUCCAUCUGCUCAAUGACUUGUUUUGUCUUUAUGCUCAUCAUCUCAAUUGCGCAAUUUUCAAUUUGGUCCAGUCUGCGUUUACACUCCCUCCAAUAACCCGAAACAAUAGCACCUACAUUAUUUUGAUGCGGAACUUGUCGGACGCCUCUCAAAUCAAACACCUACUAAUGCAGCAAUUUGGAGACAAAUGGAGAGGAGCCUUCGAAGCAUACCAGGAUGUAAUGUCGAAACCAUAUCAGGCCCUGUUAAUUAAUAAUGAUCCCCUAUCUCUCCCUACUAUGCAAAAUAUCCUAUCCGCAUCAGAUGUUGAUCCAACUACAAAAUGCCGUUUUUAUCAAGAUGUACUAUAUCGAAUUCGUAACCACCCUGAACUACCAAUUGUCACUGAAGAAUUAUUUGAUGUUAUUCAAGAAAAUUUACAACAACAGAAUGACAAUCAAAAAAGAAAUGUGAAGCUAGAGAGACGUAAUUUAAAAUAUGAAGUCAUUCCUGAAAAGAGAGAAUCAUAUCAAGAAAAAUAUUAUGAAAGUCCUCCUGUUUAUAAAGCGGAAAAUGAACAAUUGUUUGAUGACGUGACGUACCACAAUGAUGGAAUAAAUCAUUUAAAGCCCCGCAAAAACGUUUACAUCAAAGAAGAGCCCGAGGAUGAGGAUUAUCAUAUGGAAUACGAAAAAAUUCCAGAAAUAAAUAUGGAGCAAAAUGUAAAUGAACUUUUUAUGGAACCCCAAAAACAUGCACCCGGAAAAAUAAAAAAGUCCAAGAAACAAAAGAAAGACGGAACUCUCAGUAGACCUUUGGGUAAAAAGGAAAAGAAGAGUGUGCAAUACGCCACUUCAAACAAGAGGCAAAAGUUUGAUCUCAAGAGAGGAAAGAGCAUGAAUAACGUGAAACCGCGAAAACUUUAUAAAUUGCAGCUGGAUGAGGAAGAUGAAGAUGAAGAGCCGAUGGUUGAUGAGACGCCACAAAACACUGAGAUUUCCAUUAAAAAAAGACCAUUUCAACAGGAUUCCACAAAAAACUUAAACAAGAGGCAGAAAUUUGAUUUGAAAAGAAGAAAGAAUAUGAGUAGAGUGAGGCCAAACAAAAUUUAUAAGAUGCAAAACUUGAAACGCAACAUUUCUUCAACCAUCCCAGAUAAUGGUACAAAUAUCCCUGCUGCCAAAAGGCGCGUUCUUCACGGAUCUGGUUCAGCUCCACCUCCAGGUUCACGAGUUUAUUGUAGAUUAUGGAAAUUUUAA